AUGGAUGAUUGUGAAAAACAGUCUAAUCAUACAAUGCCUCGAUCGCCAAGACAAGAAACCAGUACGCGAAAGAAGAAAUAUGAUCGUUCACCAUCGGACGACGAGCCCAAAUCAUCACGUAAUCAUAAAAGUUUCAAGCGUUCAGAAAGUACCUAUUCCGACGAUGAGAAUGAUACUUCGCAGCGCCGACCGGUCUCAUCACGCAAUGGAUUGAAAUUCUCGUACAAAGAACCAUCGGAAGCUCGUACGCCAGACCAACGCUGGCGUUUAACCGUUUCGAAAGAUGACGAUGAUUCAUCAAACUAUCGUGUUUAUCGGCAAUCCAAAUAUGUAUUCGGCCGUGAUAAAGAUCAUUGCGAUAUUCAUUUACAUCAUUCAUCAUGUUCGAAUUUUCAUGCUGUUCUACAAUUCAGCUCAUGGAACAUAUCUCAAUCGACGUCAUUUGGCGACAGUUCGAAAGAAUUUAUUUUUCAGCUCGAUUCCGAUUCAUCGAAUAAACAUAGCAACGAUUCAAAACGAUCAAAUCAUCAUAGACAUCUUGAAGAAAAAGCAAAAUCAAGUGAUGAAGAGAUCGAUGAUAUCGAAAUUCCCGAUGAAGAAAAUGAAGAAGAAAUCAUUCGACAGCAACGACUUCGCCGUGAACAAUUGAAACAAAAAUUGAUCCAGAAAGAAGCUGUCGACGAAUCAUCUGUAGAUAGCGAUGCAAUGCAAGUUCAACAAUCGACACCAACUCAGAAUGAUGCGAACGAAGUCAUCAAUGUUGAAGAUGAAGAUGCUCAAGCAGCAUUUCUUAAUCAUUGCAUUGAACAAGAACGCAUUGAUUUCGAAACAAGCGCACAAAGUAAACGUGCGGCUACGAUUAAUGAUGAACCAAUGCCAGGCAACGAUGCUAAUUCUCCAUCCAUCAUGAAUCAAUUACGUAAUGAGGAAUUGGAACGAAGAAGAGCUGUUGCGAAUAAUUAUGAUAUGUUUGCCGACGAUGCGGAUUAUCUCGAUAAUAAUAGUCCCGGUGCGCGUCGUCGUCAAGGAAAUAUACGAGAAAGUGAAAAUCCACACUUAACUGAUAAUUGGGAUGAUUCCGAAGGAUACUAUCGUGUACAUAUUGGAGAAAUCUUAAACGGUCGUUUUGAGGUAUUCGGAUCAACAGGCCAAGGAGUGUUCUCCAAUGUUGUUCGAGCUCGCGAGGAAGUCAAUGGACGUAUAACCGAAGUCGCAAUUAAAAUCAUUCGAAAUAAUGAACUCAUGAAUAAAACUGGUUGGAAAGAACUAGAAUAUCUACGAAAAUUGAACGAAAACGAUCCUGAUGAUCGCUACCAUUGUCUCCGACUAUUAAGUCAUUUCAAUCAUCGAAAUCAUCUUUGUCUGGUUUUUGAACCACUCAGUAUGAACUUACGUGAAGUACUUAAAAAGUACGGCAAAGAUGUUGGGUUAAGUAUCAAAGCUGUUCGUUCAUACACCCUUCAAUUGAUGUUAGCGCUGAAACAUAUGAAAAAAUGCAACAUUCUACAUGCAGACAUAAAACCUGAUAAUAUUUUAGUAAACGACACAAAACUAGCGCUGAAAUUAUGUGAUUUUGGUUCAGCAUCAUACGCGUCGGACUGUGAAAUAACACCAUAUCUAGUUAGUCGAUUCUAUCGUGCACCGGAAAUCAUCCUAGGAAUGCGAUAUGAUUUUUCUAUUGACCUUUGGUCUGUUGCAGUGACCAUCUAUGAAUUAUACACCGGUCGAGUCAUGUUUCCGGGUAAAUCAAAUAACGAAAUGUUAAAAUUAAUGAUGGAUUUGAAAGGCAAAAUACCAAAUCGUAUUAUUCGUAAAGGAUUAAUAAAAGACAAACACUUCGAUCGUGAUUGCAAUUUUCUUUAUCACGAAGUUGAUAAAGUCACCGAACGCGAUAAAAUAUCGACUAUAACAAAUAUCAAUCCAUGCCGAGAUUUAUUAUCACUUCUGAUCGGACAUCAACGUUUACCUGAAGAUCAAAUGAAGAAAGUGUUGCAACUACGUGAUUUCCUAGACAAAAUUCUCAUGUUUGAUCCUCAAAAGCGUCUGAAUAUUAAACAAUCAUUUGAACAUCCAUUCAUUCAAGAACGACAAAAAGAGUUAGAACAACAUUGGGACUUAGUUAGGACUGAUCUCGUUGAUACAAAAAUAAACAUGAGACAAAACAGAUUUUGA